GUUUUUCCCGGUAAACAAGUCUCAUGCUCUCGGUAAAAAAAGAAUAUGAUCCUCCCCUAAUCAUCAAUCAAGGCGUUCCUUAUCCUCAUUUCCUUCUUCGUCUCUAAGUCUCCUGAAAUUCGAUCGAUUCACGCAAACAAAACCUAAUUUUACGAUCAAUUCAGUCGCACAGUAACUCAAAUCUUGAGAACAAUACAGAAAACAAGUCAGAUUUUUCUUCAACUUUUCAGAGUAUGCUUCAUCGGAGCUUCAAACCAGCGAAAUGCAAGACGGCGUUGAGGCUAGCGACGUCGCGGAUAAAGCUAUUGAAAAAUAAGAAGGAUGUGCAAUUAAAACAGAUGAAGAAAGAAUUGGCUCAGUUGCUUGAGUCUGGGCAAGAGCAGACUGCUCGGAUUCGGGUUGAGCAUGUGGUCAGGGAAGAGAAGAUGAAGGCAGCGUAUGAUCUUAUUGAGAUAUAUUGUGAGCUUAUUGCGACGCGCUUGCCAAUUAUUGAGUCACAAAAGAACUGUCCCAUUGACUUGAAGGAAGCAGUUACAAGUGUAGUAUUUGCAUCUCCAAGAUGUGCAGACAUACCAGAACUUUUAGAUAUUAAGAAGCAUUUUACAGCGAAGUAUGGAAAAGAGUUCAUUUCUGCAGCUGUUGAGUUGCGUCCAGAAUGUGGUGUAAGUCGCAUGUUGGUUGAGAAGCUAUCUGCAGUGGCACCUGACGGGCAGACCAAAAUAAAAAUAUUGGGUGCAAUUGCGGAGGAACACAACAUCAAAUGGGAUCCUAAAUCUUUUGGAGACAAAGAAUCAAAGCCUGCUGAUGACUUGCUGAAUGGACCAAAUACUUUCGAGAAGGCCAGUAAAAUGCUGGCAGAACCUAACAAUUUCCAAGCUCCAAGUGCCCAAGCUCCACCUAGUCAUGACCAAAAACCACCUCUCAACUUCUCUGAGCAGAACCCAAGUUCCUCAAUGGGUGUCCAAAAUUUUGCUUCUACGGAUACUAGUGGUCUAAAAACACCAUCAUCUGCCACUUCUCAUUCUGAAGCGAGACCUUCAGAAGGGGGGGCUGAGAGGAUGGAAGUCAGGCAACCAUGUGCUGGGGAUGACAAUGCUUUUUCACUGGGAAGGCAGAACUGGAACAUGGAAUUCAAGGAUGCUAUCUCUGCAGCACAGGCAGCUGCUGAGUCUGCGGAACGGGCAAGUAUGGCUGCUAGAGCAGCUGCUGAACUUUCAACCCGUGACAAGAUUACCAGACAGUAUUCAUCAGAAUCACAGAAAUCCAAUCCCCCUGGAUUGAGAGAUGGAGGGUGUGGAAAGUAUGCUGCUUCAAACUUACCUGGUGUACAUCAUCCUAAAAAUUUAGUAAACAACUCCUCUAUUGACAGAAAUAAGUUCCUUAAUGAGCAAAUGGAUGGGAUUGAACACAAUAAUCUGGCAGGAGCUGCCGAAAGGUUUUACCAGAAUGAUCAUGCUAGUACUACGAGAUCUAGCCGAUUAGAUUCUUUGCAGUCCAACAAACCUUCAAUUGAUGAUGACUCAUUGGUGAAUAAUCUCCACACGGUAGAUAGAUAUCCUCAAAAGGAUUCAUGCACAGAGGAGGCAGAUAAGGGCUCCUCUGCCGGAAUGACUAUGAAGAAAGAGUCUACUGAAUCUGCUGUUGAAUUUGGAAGCGAAUGGAAAGAUGGAUUUAGGUUUGAGAACUUAGACCAUUCUAGUGAAGAAAGAACUAGAAAACAGUCCAGCAGCAUCUCCUCACAUUCUCGUUUGAGCGCAUUCCAGGAUGGCUAUAAUGUUUCAGACUCCAACCAGCAGGAGUUUAGGAAUAAUGUGGAUGAGGACUCUUUUGUUAAUAUCUCAAACCAGCAGGAGUUUAGGCAUGAUGCGGAUGAUGACUCUUUUGUUAAUAUCGACCAAGAGAGUAUUCACAAAGACACUGUACAGACAAGUUCUUCUGAUAAUGAUGCUGCAAUUUUUGAUGAACCUGGCUCAGAUGAUGAUGAUGACAGCAGGUUUGACAUAGGGCCCAGGUAUGAUGAGCCAGAGUGCAACUCGUACUUCCCAUCACCUGGUAGAAAUUCAUCUACUCUUUUCUCGACGAGUGCAGAUACUUGGAGCCCUAGAAGCAGCACAAGAAAAUCAGUGGAAAACUAUAAUUCACAAACAAUUUUUUCUGCAAGAAGGGACUCCUCUCUUGUGGAAGGCUUGGGAAAAUCUCUGGAUCAAUCACAACCUGAUCAUUUUGCGCCUGUAAGUUAUGAUUCAGAUGGUCAGGAUUCUGAUAGUGAAGAUGAACUGGACAUCUCUAGACUUGGCGGAAAAAAGGACUUUAAACUGCCUCCUCUUGGAGAGGAUGAUCACUCUAUAAACCGUGAGAGGAGGCAGAGUGAGAGUCAUGGGUCUACAAGAUCUUCUUUAUUGGAAAAAGUAAAUUCAGGUUCUGACAGGAUGGGUUCUGACAGGAUGGGACAGAGUGAGAGUCCUGGGUCCACAAGAUCUUCUUUAGUGGAAAAAGGAAAUUUGGGACCUAACAGAAAGCCAAGGUUACGUUCAUCAUAUGAUGAUUCAAACUCUCUGGAAUUACGGCCGAGAAACACUCAAGGAACAGAAUCAAAUGCCAGCUCUUUUGAAAAAAUUGGUUUUGCAGACUCGUCUGCCCACCAGCCAUCAUUGAGACUUGGAAAAUCGCAAUGGGAGUUAAAUGAUGUGAGCAGUGAAUUAUCCUCUUACAGUCCAGAGGAUGAGGGGAACACAAAGCAGUACCUGCAGUCUUCAAGGAUUUCAUUGGUCCAUGAAGUCAAGGACAGUAUUCGCACACCAGAAUCACCUGAUACGUUGAAAGAUAAUGAAUUUUUCAAUCAAUCGAGUCCAGAAAGUGAAAAGGGGUUGAACUUUGGAACAUUAACUGGUGGCCUUCGAAACAAGGGUUAUACGCCUCCACCGUACACUAGGAGGCCAUCUAGCAACACUUCAUCUUUACCUAUGAAAGCAGCUGAGGACACUUCCACCAUGAUUGAGCAAUCCAAUGCUUCUGCCACUGUCAAGAAUUAUGUUGAUUCUGGUGCGAGCACAAAAGUAGAUGAAAAAUCGAGCUCAAGAGUAAGGCUUACACAUUCAUACUCAGAUAGUGACGACUCUGCGGAAGAAUUUCCACAAGAGACUCCAAGUGGAAGACGCCAACCCUACUCUCAGAAAGUGGGCAAGGAUGUUAAUACAAAAUCGAGCUUGAGAGCUUCAGUUACGUACUUCAGUCCUGAUACUGAUAGUGGUGAUUUUGAGGAGGAUCUUCCAAGACAAACAUUUUCCAGUAGAGCUCGUUUAGGGGCUCAAUUUUCUCGCAGGACAAAACCUUCCCCUGAAACAAUUUCCCAUUCUAGGGCUCGAGCUGGUUCGAAGACGUCAGUGAAUUCUGACUUCACUAAGGAAGAGAAACCUACCAGGAGUUCCGAUGGUGCCGAAACAACACCUAAGCUUCCGUCCCAGACUGUAAAGUCAGAUCAAUGGGGAAGUUCUGAGCAACCAAUCUCUGCAAAACAAGCAGCUUCUAAUCCACUGCCAGAGUCUAAGGUCUCAUCAAGUGUAGAAAGUCUAAAGUCAUCAGUACAGAAACAGCCAUCCAGCUCUCUUCUGAAGACUGUACCAUCAGAUAGUAAUGGAAAUCCAAAGACAUCUACGUCGAGUGGUGAGAUUCCAUCUAGAGAGAACUCUAUAAACAAAGCUAGUCAUGUUCAUCCAAAACUUCCCGACUAUGACACCAUAACUGCACAUUUACUGUCUCUGCGAACAAACCGCCAAUGAAUGUAGGUAAUUCUACCUGUCUAUAUCUUGUGUUGAGUAUUCUUUUACACUAUUAAUAAAUCGGAUCAUAUAUCUGUGAGUGUACUAAAUUUGUUGGUUGAUGAAUUUUGUAAUGACAUAUAUGUCGGUUUGAGCCAAAAAGCAGUAGUAUUUUUGUUUUGUCUGGUCUGCGAAUUUGAGAUGACAUUUGCUUGACUUAUAUUGUUAUGAAACAUUGUGCAUGUGAA